CCCCCACCCCCAGCAGGGCUUACGCCUCGGACGCUCCUGCCAGUUAUUAUUGCUCAGGACUUUGGCUCCAGAAACGCUCCUUCCACCAGCAGCAGGACGCCUCCGCCAUGUCCGUGCUCACCCACCUGCUGGCCGUCCUCUUCGGGAUGGGCUCCUGGGUCUCCAUCAACGGCCUAUGGGUGGAGCUUCCCCUCAUCGUCCCGCAGGUCCCAGAGGGAUGGUACCUGCCCUCCUACCUGUCCGUCCUCAUCCAGGCGGCCAACGUCGGGCCGCUCGUCGUCACCCUGAUGCACCGCCUCCGGCCCGGCGUCCUCAACGAAGCGGCGGUCAUCUACGGGAUCGUGGCGGUGGGCGCCGUGGCCAGCUUCCUGCUGGCUUUCUUCUGGAAGGAGACGGUGGUGGUGGCCGGCGCCCCCCGCAGCCUGGCUCUGCUGGUUCUGACCUUCUUCCUGGCGGCUGUGGACUGCACUUCCUCCGUCACCUUCCUGCCCUUCAUGAUGCACCUCCAGCCGCACUUCCUCACCUCCUACUUCAUCGGGGAGGGGCUGAGCGGCCUGCUGCCGGCCCUGGCGGCUCUGGUCCAGGGCGUCGGCCUGGUGCGCUGCGUCAACAGCAGCCAGUCCCUAAACCACAGCGGCCACGGAGCCAGACGCCUGGAGGCUCGGUACCAGCCCUCCAACUUCUCCGCCGAGGUCUUCUUCUUCUUCCUCAGCGCCAUGAUGCUGGUGAGUCUGGCAGCGUUCCUGCUGCUGGACCUCCACCCGGCCGUGGCCCGGCAGCAGCCCGACCCGCGCUACUCCGCCGGGUCCAGGGAGAGGUCCAGGAGGAGCCGGAAGAGGCCCGAGCAGAGGCCCAUGAUGGACCCCUUCAGGCCCCAGAACCACAAACCCAGAAGCAGCUUGGGUUCCAGCUCCUGCAGCCAGAAGCAGCUGGUCUUCAUCUUCGUGGUUCUGGGCUGGGUCAACGCCCUGAGCAACACGGCCCUGCCCUCCGUCCAGUCCUACUCCUGCCUGCCCUACGGGAACGGCGCCUACCACCUGUCAGCCGCACUGGCCGCUGUGUCCAACCCGCUGGCCGGCUUCGUCGCCAUGUUCGUCUCCAUCAGGUCGCUGGUGUUCCUGGGCUUCCUGACGGUUCUGGGAACCGGGAUCGGGUCGUACAUAAUGCUGAUGGCGGCGCUGAGUCCCUGCCCCCUGCUGGUCAACGACGGUGCUGGCGCCGCCAUCAUGGUGCUCGCCUGGAUCCUCUUCAUCUUCUCUCUGUCCUACGUGAAGGUCAUCAUUGGGGUGAUCCUGCGGGAUGAAGGUCACAGCGCCCUCGUGUGGUGCGGGGCAGUGGUGCAGCUCGGCUCCCUGCUGGGAGCCGUCACCAUGUUCCCUCUGGUCAGCGUCUACGGCCUGUUCUCCUCCGGGGACCCAUGCAGCACCAGCUGCCCCUGAAGGGCCCAUGAGGGGGGAACCAUGAGGGUUCCCCAAUAAAUCAGGAAGGUUUAAAUGUUGCACUUGGUUUUAGAUUUUUUGCUCUUUAGUUUUAUUAAAAAUCUGCACAUUUGCCAUAAUUUAGUUUUAACUGCAUUUAUUUUCAUUUCAUUGUUUGCUUUAUGACAAUAAAAAUCUCCAGGAAUUUUCUCAUUGAGUCGCCUUCAAAACUUUUCUUUCAGUUUCUUCAUUGCAUCUCUAAAGAAUCUGACUUUGGUGAAAAAAAAACAACUAAAUAACUAUAACAUUUUUAAAUAAAUAUUCUGUAUUUCA